AUGUCAUUAUUUCCUGUUGAAAUCGAUAAUCAAAAAUUGCAAAUGCUUGAUCUUAUCAAAGAAAUCUUUUCUCGUUAUUGUCUUAUUGGAUUAUUUAUUUUUGGUACAGUUGGUUUAAUCUUAAAUACAUUAAUAUUUACACGGCACACAUUUCGUCAAAAUUCAUGCGUUCUUUAUUUUUUAGCAUCAACAAUCGCUAAUUAUUUUGUUGUCUUUUUUGUUUUACCAUCGCGUAUACUUUCCGAUGGUUUUAAUAUUGAUCCAGGUCAAUAUAAUGCAUUUUAUUGUAAAAUACGUUUUUAUACAUAUUUUACUGCUAAAUCUCUUUCAUCAUGGUUUAUUGUACUCGCUUGUUUGGAUCGAAAAAUGUCAAGUUCACAAAAUGCUCAUCGACGUGCAUUUGCACGUCCUAAUAUAGCACGUUGGAUGAUAUUUUUAACAACAUUAAUUGGUCUUAUUUUUUAUAGUCAUGUUCUUAUAUUUUAUGAUAUUGAUCGAAAUCAACAAUGCAAUGCUCGUUCUGGUUUUUAUAGUUUAUUUAAUGAUGGUGUCUAUUUAAUUGGUUAUAGUCUUACACCUCCUGUAUUAAUGUUACUUCUUGGUCUAUGGACUAUACUUAGUACAAGACGUCAUCGUCGUAUUGUACCACGAUUUGGUCGACGUAUGUCAAGUAUAAAUCAUCAUGAUAAUACACUUAUGUUAAUGCUUCUUUUACAAGUUACUCUUGUAUCAAUUACAGCUGUACCACAUGCUGUACAAAAAUUAUAUUCAACAAUAACAAUUAACGUUCCGAAAGAUGAUUUAGCUAAAGCAGGUGAAAAUGUUUUUAUAACUGUUGUUCGAACAGUAUCAUUUUUUAAUCAUGCAUGUACAUUUUAUCUAUUAACAUUAAGUGGAAGAACGUUUCGUAAAGAACUAUACAAAAUAUUAAAAAAAAUGAUUUGUAAAACAAGACAUGAAGAAACAAAUACAAAUGUUCAAUUAAGAACAUUAACACAAACAGUUAAUAUUAAUAGAACUACUCAUCAUUCAAAAAUACAAUUACAUUAA